AUGGUAACAGGUUGUCGCUCGAGUGAUUUCGCGCGAACGGUGAACCUCUCGCGCAAUGAACUUUCAGGCUUUCCUCAAGGUGGACCGCAACAGUUUGCUUCGGCUGUUACAAUCAAUAUGGAACACAAUCGAAUCAGUAAAAUUCCAAUCGGUAUCUUCUCACGCGCUGUUGGACUCACUAAACUGAACUUGAAAGAAAACGAACUGCUUUCGCUACCCUUAGAUAUGGGAACUUGGACAUCUAUCACGGAACUGAAUCUCUCAACGAAUCAGUUGAAGGUGUUACCCGAGGACAUAGAAAAAUUGGUUAAUUUGGAAAUCCUCGUUCUGUCAAACAACCAGCUUAAAAAGAUGCCUGCACAAAUAGGAAACCUCAAGAAAUUGCGUGAGCUCGAUUUAGAAGAAAACGAUUUGGAAACGAUCCCGAGUGAGAUCGGAUUUCUUCUCCAAUUGACCAAAUUAUGGGUGCAGUCUAACAAGCUUAUCAGCUUACCUCGCACCAUAGGCAAUCUGGCCAGUCUUCAAGAUUUACGAGUUGGUGAAAACUCAUUGUCUUGCAUACCCGAAGAAAUCGGGCACUUGGACUGUUUGAAGUCUUUGUAUCUAAAUGAUAACCCUUCAUUGCACAAUUUGCCGUUUGAACUCGCUCUGUGUUCCUCGUUGGAGAUAAUGUCCAUCGAAAACUGUCCACUCAGUCAGAUCCCUCCAGAAAUUACUGCAGGAGGACCUAGCCUUGUUAUUCAGGAUGCAGACGUCACAAAGGUUUUUGGGGAUUUGGGAGUCUAA